AUGCAUGUGCUAGAGGAAGAUCUCUCCACUCUUACACCGACCCAGCUCCAAUCCUUGCUUCAGAAACUGGAUCUCGCCGCGGCCGCCCCGCCUUCCGAUCAACAGGCAGGUCCCUCAAGGCGUACUGGGAGACCGGAAUCCGAUUCCGAUGGGGUGGAGGAAGCGCAAUCGACGGAAUGGGAGGAGGAAGGGCAUGCCGAGGAUACAGCUGGGCAGCCGUCAAUCCGGCGUUGGCCCAUCGUGACAUCUUUCACGCUGCCAGAUGGCCAGACCGAGCCGGCUCCGCGUCGCUCUUCGCCUAUGCAGUGGAGCGACGAUGAGGCCAUCCCACGGCCGGUCCCGAGGAAAAGGGGCCAUGUGCUCAAGGGAACAGGAAAGUUUUUCGCGACACCGUGCACGAAGUGCGGCACCGCGGGGGUGCGAUGCGAGAUGGGCUGGUAUCCGGGAGCGGCGUGCAUGCGCUGCCAACGACAGAAGAGCGGGUGCGACAAGGGCAAGGGGGAGAAGGGCCUCAAUCGCGGUGGGGCACGCAGGCGGCGCAGGGGCGCUGGGUCAGAGGACGUCCCUGCCGAGCCAAGGCCGACGAGGGUGCCGGAGAACGAGAAUCCCAACCCUUUCCGGGCCAGCGCCGCGUCAGCUCGGCGCAUCGAGGGUAUCCUCGAUCGAUGCGCAGAACGCGUUCGAACGAGCGCGGAUACUCGCGCUACGGAGAUCCGGACGACGGUCGGCGCGGUGCUGCGCACCAUAGAGCUUACCCAUGCCGCCGGAAUGAUGGCAGCGGAAAUCGAGCGGCGUCAGGCCCUCACGCGUUAG